CCCGAGCUCCCCUCCCAGGCCGACUCCCGCCGUUCCCCACUCUCCCACUCCUUCUCCGCCUUCAUGGACAACCUACAAUCACGCGCCUUCGUCGCCUCGCAGACCCUCAACGACCUGACAGGCUACUCAGCCAUCGAGUCCAUCAAGGCAGCCAACGCCCGCCUCGAGGCCGACCUGGCCACAGCCCAAGAGACCCUGCGCGGCGCCCGCGCCCACUACAAGGCCGUCAACGCCCGCCGCGCCGCCACCCAGCGCGAGGUGACGGCCCUGCUCGCCCGCAAGGACACAUGGAGCCCGCUCGACCUGGAGCGCUUCACCACGCUGUACAGACAGGACCAUGAGCUCGAGGCCGCGGUCGGCGAGGCGGGCACCGCCCUGACCGAGGCCGAGGCCGAGGAGGCCCGCCUGAGUCAGAGCCUCAACAGCGGCAUCCUGCGCCGGUACCACGAGGAGCAGAUCUGGAGCGACCGCAUCCGCCGCCAGAGCACCUGGGGCACCUGGGGCCUCAUGGGCGUCAACGUGCUGCUGUUCCUCGUGCUGCAGUUCGUCGCCGAGCCGUGGAAGCGGAGUCGCCUGAUGAAGGGCAUCGCCGCCGAGGAGAAGGCUGCGCUCGAGGCCGUGCGGAGGGAGCUGGAGGAGGUGAGGGGCUUCCUGGCCAGGAGGAAUGAGCAGGAGGAGGAGCAGCAGCAGGUUGCUGCCGCCGCUGCCGCCGCUGCUGGCGUUGCUGCUGCUACUGCUACACAAGGUGAGGCUAUAGCGCCAGAGUCGAUUGUCGAGGAUGCUGGGGUAGAGGCUACCCCUGUCUCUUCCCUGCCCAGGCAGACAAUAGAAACGAACCUGGCCCCAGAGGCUGUGUCGUGGAAAGAUUUCCUCUUGGACCCGAGCCUGUGGAGGCCCGCACUGGAGGAUCUGUACAGCGAGAGGAGGAUAGACCUGCGCAUGAGGGAUGCGAGCAUCAUCGCGUUAGAAGGCGCCGUGGCUGGGGCAGCUAUUGUUGCCAGUGUGGCCUUCAUGACUGUGCGC